AUGUCCCCAGCGCUUUCCAGGCUGUUUCUCCUUGUGGCUGUACUAUGGUCUGAGAGUUUCUCUAGAUUUCCUGAACUUUGCCUUGAUGAUCCCGACUACGAUGAGCUGGUGAAGAUUGCCGAAAAUGGGCUUGGAAAGGCAGCUCAUCCAGUGGAGGUGGUCAUUGUAGGGGCAGGCAUAAGUGGACUCACUGCUGCCAAACUGCUCAGAGAUGCCGGUCACAUGGUUACAGUUCUGGAAGCCAGUGGUCGUGUGGGAGGACGAGUCAGGACCUAUCGAGAUGAGACACAAGAUUGGUAUGUGGAGUUGGGAGCCAUGCGUUUGCCAAGCACCCACAGUAUUGUUCGUCAAUUUAUUAGGCAAUUCUCCCUUACGCUAAACAAGUUUUCUGAGACGGAUGACAACGCCUGGUAUUUGGUUAAUGGUGUCAGGACAACAGCUGGGAAUGUCAAAAAGAACCCAGAUAUCUUGAGUUAUACUCUGGCUCCCUCAGAGAAAGGCAAAUCUGCUAAGGAACUUUAUAAAGAAAUUCUGCAGAAGGCCAGAGAGAAGUUCCAGAGCACAGAUUGCGAAAAGUUGCUGGAUCGGUAUGACAGCUUUUCCACCAAGGAGUACUUGAUUAAAGAAGGGAAAUUAAGCCAUGGGGCUGUACAGAUGAUCGGAGACUUGAUGAAUGAGGAUGCUGGAUUCCACAUGUCAUUUCUUAAUUCUCUCAUGGAGUUUAAUAUCUUCUUUCAUGAAGACGGUUUUGAUGAGAUCACAGGGGGAUUCGACCAAUUGCCCCUGGCCUUCUACCGGUCUAUGCCUGGAGUUGUCCAGCUGACCUGCACAGUAGAGCAGAUAAAAUACAUUGGUAACAAGGUCCAAGUAUUGUACCAUAGUGCACACGACAUAUGUAGCCCCUCCUCAGUGAUGGCUGACUAUGUCCUUGUCACAGCCACAGCAAAAGCCACGAGACUUAUCAAAUUUCUGCCACCACUUUCCUCCAAUAAGACCCAUGCCCUGCGCUCCAUUCACUAUGCCACCGCUACCAAGGUUGCCUUGGCCUGCACUGAAAAGUUCUGGGAGAAGGAUGGGAUUCGAGGUGGGCCAUCAGUCACAGAUCGUCCUUCUAGAUUCAUCUACUAUCCCAACCACAAUUUCUCUAGUGGGGUGGGGGUGAUUGUGGCUUCCUACACGUGGAACGACGACGCUGAAUUCUUUCUUUCCAUGAGUGAUGAGAAGUGCAUUGAUGUGGUACUGGAGGACCUGGCAGAAAUCCACAACAAAUCCACAAAGUAUCUCCGGUCUGUCUGUAAUAAGCAUGUGAUACAGAGAUGGAACCUGGACAAACAUUCCAUGGGAGCAUUUGCCUCAUUCACCCCCUACCAGUUUGCUGACUAUUCCGGGCCUUUGUUUCAGAAUGAAGGGAGGGUCCACUUUGCAGGAGAACACACAGCCCAGCCUCACGCCUGGAUCGACACUGCUAUGAAAUCUGCUGUGAGAGCAGCAAGGAACAUCCACUUAGCUAGCAAUCUGUCGUGGGGGAAACAUCAGCUGCAGAAGCAGCAAGAACAACAAGAGCAGAAGCAGGAAAGGGAUGACUGGGUUCAAAGAGUUGAACUUUAAUUGCUUUAUGGGUGUUUAAGGAAGGCACAACUGAGGAGGGAAUUAGAAACUGCACUGCUAAUCUCCUUCAGGGGGCCAGAUCCUCAACUGGUGUAAAUUGGUGUAUUUCCAUUGAAGUCAAUAGAGCUAAACCACUCAACACCAGUAGAUGAUCUGGUCCCAAAUCCGGUGUAUGUAACUUGAGAUUGUUCUGUCUCCUUUGAAAUAUUAAAUAGAACUACUACAGUAUACAAAUCAUUGGUUUCAUUAAUCAAAAUCAUUACUGAUCUAAUACAAAGCACUAACCUGUUCUUUAUAAAUAGAAAAAAUAAUUGUUCUUUAGCAUCCUAUCAACAAAGGAAUAAAUGGAAAUAAUCUAAUAUUGCUUUUAUUUUGUUCAUUAGUUGUAAAGUAUGAUAUUUUGCAGUAGUGAUGCUAUGAAAUAUGUAAGGGUGAGGGAACAGCUUAUUCCUAAACCAAUUCUAGUCAGUUACACUUUUCAAAACAUGUUUCUAACAGUGCAAAUAAACAAAACCAGGCAUGCACUGAUGGCCUUAAACCCUAGGCCCUGUCUAGACUAGAAUUGUUGGUCAUGUCAUCACUAAGGUUGAUUGACAUGUGGGGUGAACUCACAUGAUGAUGAAUGCAAAUAUAGAUACUCCCCAGAUGUAUGUAUGUUGGUCAUGGUUCAAUUUAGGGCUCAGGAACCAGAUCGGGAAACAAUGUUUGUGUCACUGAACAAACAAGGACACAAAUUUUCAUCUAGAGAGGGCCCUCUGGGUGAUUUCUUUUCAAAGAAAAUGUGAAUUAACCCCCCCCACACACACACCCUUCUAUCUGGGCAGGAACUGUACCUUUCUUAGCUGGGCCACACACUUUAAAACAAUAGGCAUGAGAAGCAGAUGAAACCCCCCUUCAGGAGGGCUAUCCCUCCAGCCCCACCCCUUCUGCCUGAGGCCCCCACCCUUCCCCCCCAGCUCAACCCCUGGAGCUGCAAGGCCCCCCCAGCCCCCGCGAUUGGAGGAGCCCCAGCUGAACUGCCCCGACCCCCGGGCUGCCCUGAGCCAUCCUGAGCCACCCCGGCCCGGGCCACCCUGAGCUCUGGGCGACAAGCUGGCCUGAGCCCCAAGCUCCGUGUGACCAGAUGGAGCUGAGCCCCUGCCAGCUUCCAGGGAGAGGCGAGUGAGGAGGGAUGCAGCAUGCAGCCUCACAGAAGAGGGAGGUGGAGGAGAGGAGGGACUCACCAGGCAGCAGCAGGCGAUGCAGGUCUCAGGGAAGGCGGGGAGGAGGAGAAAAGGAACGCAGUGAGCAGUGGGGACUUCUGGGAGAGGGGAUUGGAGUGGAGGAGAGGAGGGACUCAGCCAGGCAGCGACAAGUGGUGGUGGAUUUGGGGCAAGGGGCGGAGCAUGGCCAGGAAGAGGCGGAGCACAGGCGGGGCCACCACGGCCCAGGUGUCUGGCGGCAGCUCUGCCAGGGGGGUCUUAGCCUUCCUUGGCCUAUUAUACCUGUCGUGCAUAGCCAUAGGCAUAGUUUGACUUCUAUAUUUGGGGGGUAGCUCCAGUCAGGCAACAUAAAAGAGGACAGGUCACUCUUAUAGAGCGAUCUGGAUUGCUUAUUAAGUUGGGCCCCAGCAAAUAAUUUGCACUUCAGUAUGACCAAAUGUAAACUCAUACAAUUAGGCACAGAAUGCAGGCCAAAGUUAUAGGAUGAUCACCCAGUGGGAUCUGUGCUGGGGAGAGGCCUUCAUAAAAGCUCCCUCUGUGGCCAGCCAAGGUGUGGACUUUCGCUGUUGGCUUGAACUAGCCCCCUAAGUCAGUGUGUGUAUGGGGGUGCAGCUAUAUACCUGUCUCCUAUGUAAAUUAAGCACGGUGGAACAAAAAACAAUGGAAGCUCUAUUUGCAUAGAAAUCACUGGAUGGAUGCUAGAGGGGAGAGCUCUUACAGGCUGAAAAGGAGGGGUCCUUCAACUAAGAUGGG